GUUUUCAACUUCCGAAUAGAGAUCCAAGAUGGUCGACACAUGUGAUGAACUCUCACGACUGGCAACAUAUUUAGGUGUUUCUUGUGGAAAGAUCUCAUUUGACGGAAAGGAAAAGGUACCAGUUCUGAAAGUUCAAAACAACUCGAAUCCAAAAGGACUGAUAACUGUGGCAAAAUAUUUAACAAGAUCCAGUCAGCAUGCAAAAAGUCUUCUAGGAGCUACCUCGGAGGAGAAAGCUGCUAUUGACCAAUGGUUGGAGUACAGAGUUACACGCAUUGACCGGUCAACACAAGAUAAGGAUGUCUCAAACACUCUCAAGGAGCUCAACCAUUACUUGACAGACAAGGUAUAUGUAAUGGGCAAUUCUCUAACCUUGGCCGACAUCCUCCUAUACAAUGGGCUCGUCAAAGGCAUGGGAAGUCUGACAUUUUAUGAAAAAGAGACAUUGAUGAACCUAUCUCGCUGGUUUGAUAAUAUUCAACACCAGACUGCUGUCAGACAAAGUUUGGAGCUAGUGCAUUUCCAGAGGAACCAGCUGUACAGAGGGGUCAAAGUUCACUGACACUCCCAAAAUAUAGUUUUGUAUAUUUAUCAUUUAUUGUCAUUGAAAUACAUGUUGUCUAAUCAUA